AUGCCAUUACAACCUGAUGAAAUUUUUAAUCUAAAAAUUGAUGAUGUAGAAGUGGAUGAUGUAGAAGAAGUGGGUGAUGUAGAAGAAGUGGAUGAUGUAGAAGAAAUGGAUGAAGGAAAAGAAGUAGAUGAUGAAGAGGAAGUAGAAGAGGAAGAGGAGAAUCAUAGAGAAGUGAUUGUGGUGGCCAGUCAAAUGCAAAUUGAGGAUAGAGCAGUUAUGUCACUCAAUUAA